AUGGCUAGCAAAUCCAGCGAAGACUACUCUGAAAUCGAUUAUCCACCUCAAUAUCGCGGUACUCCAGACUCAGAGCAACAAGAGCGGUCGAAAAAAAAUCCUCCAUUGUUGAGACGAAAAUCGACAAAUUACAGUGAUGCCUUGGAAUUAGAACAGAAUCUACCUGGUGCUAUCUCGAAAGGCCUGCAUCUGAGAAAAGAUCCUGAAGGUGAGUAUACGCAGCAGCGUGAAGCGAGCAAACGUGAGAUGCAGCGAAGAGCAGUGAACAUGGAUAAUGAUGAUGACGAUGAGACUAUUUACGAAUACGGACAUAUAAAAUGGAACGAUAGGGACGUUCCAGUAAUAUCUGCAUCGCAUGGCCACCACACGCCUCAUUCUCAUCCCAACAUUAGCACUCCUCCCAAGUCGCCUUACGGAAUCGUGUACUGUGAUGGUGAUCACCAAACGGAACCGGAAUCCGAGUUCCCUUUCGAAAGACCUCCCUUGAAGGAAAGGCGGUCGUCUUUGUUCGAGGAUCAAAAAGAGGACACACAUGCAGAUCGUGCGGUAGCACCGUGA